UUAUAUUAUUUCCGGUCGGUGGGACUUUCGUCCGUUUGUAAAGCUCGUAUUCCACAAUGACAACAUUGAUAAUCAAUUUAUCAAUAAUAGUUAUAAUUAUGUAUAAAACAGAAUUAAAUGAAAUACCGAUGUAUUCACUUAAUUUAUGAAAAGCUGAAGAAAUCUGGUCUAUCGUAAGAUGAUAAAAUCACUAUUGGAGAUUGAACAUUUUUUUCAAUAUAUCAAUAAAUCAUUAUCAGAUUGUAUUUCGAUCCGGUUUAGUCUCGAAACAAUUUUAUAAAUAAUUCGAUGAUCCAAAAGCAUUAUAUUGCGGCCAUACUCGAUAGCUAGCUCUCACGCAGACGUCACGCGUACAUUGGAUGAAGAUAAAGGAAAAACAAGCGACAAGUUAAGCAUUACAGCAGUGAUCACUUCUGACUAGUGCGUUAAGACACCAAGUUUUUACGUUUAGAAGCUUUUCACAGAAAUCAAGACAGAAAUAAUUUCUACAUCAAAAUGACAUCAAUUGUCACAAAAAAUAAUCCAGAUAUUGACGAUAAAGAGGCCAAGGUCCUUAAUGAAAAAUCACCUGAGGUUCUUGAUCAAGACACAGAAAAUUCUUGCAGUGUUGCAUCGUCGAUAAAAGAGGAUACCUCAGGUGAUUCAAUCGAGAAAGUUGGCAAAUCGAAAGGUGAAGCAAUGGAGACCAAGUCGUGUGUUGACUCACUAAAUUCCAGCAUUCCAGAGCUUCCGGUGACCGUUAAGCGUCCCCAGAAGAUUCCAAUUCUUGAUCCAACUCUUAGCUCCAAUAAAGCAAACAAUGCUUUUAUACCACGAAGAAGGUGUUUGUCCAUUUCCAAAGAAUCACUUCAGUUUAAUUUACGACCUCUUGUCUUGGCCACUCACUUAGUCCCUUCACUACCAGUUUCUCUGUUUGAAAUCCUUGCUGCUAUCAUCGAAGAAGCUACUAAAACUCCUGUGGUUCUUAUCCACGAAUCCAGACCUGAUAGACCUGUAGCUCAAGAUAUAGUUGACAUCGCUAUCCUACCGGUUAACAAGGAGUGGACGACUGGAAUUUUAUUACCUGUUGGUCUCGUUUUUGAACAUCAUCUUAAUAAACACAAAGCUCCUGGAAUUUAUGCAGACGUUAUCAUUGCUGGAGAUGCAUCCCAAAAUAUUGAGGAUAUCAUCGACUUGAGAGGCCAUAGAUGUGCUUUACCAGACAGGCAAACUAAAAUUGGAGCUACUGGACUUUUAUUCAAUUAUUUGAACUCCAAAGGAGAAGGUGCUUCAUUUUUUGGUGAUACUUUAGAUGCUGAUACACAAAUAGCUGCUCUUCACAUGGUUGCUGCAAAACAAGCAGAAGUAGGUGUUUUGGAAGCACCCGUUAUUAACUGUCAUAAAUACAAUGUGCCUGGUGUAAAUGGGCUGUUAGUUCUUGAUAGUCUGGGUCCACUUCCACCUUAUCAGAUAAUGGUCAAUCAAAAACUUUCAGCAAAACAACGCGAUGACAUCAAAACUCAUCUUCUAAGGGUCAACUUGAACAAGAAUUGGAUUGAACGAUUAAAUUCUUAUGGAAUUUUGGGUUUUGCUGAAUAUUCUAAAGAAAAUUAUAACAUGGAAGACAUAAAAUCAGUCGUCACCAGCAUGCCAUACUACUGAAUUCUAAUCUUCUUUAUUUUUUCACUCGGUGAUUUAUCUAUCAUAAUCCAAAAUCAUUAUUUAGCUAUUAUACAGUUUUUUACGCAUUCAAUUUGUAAUCAAAUUUAUGAAGAUAGCAUGACAUUGUAAACGUAAGACAAAUAUUAAAUAAUUGAAAUAUAUUUUUCAUAACUUGUUCACCACACUGCCAUUGGCAAUUGACCAACUGGUUCUGGGAUUGAGUUUUGGCUAAUACAAUCUUCAAGGAAUUUUUGAAGACGUGUCAUAGGGCCACCACAAAUUCCCUCAUGACCUUGUACUUGUGGAUGAUACUGUUCAAUUAAUAAUUUUAAAAGCUUUGGAAAUUGUUUUGGAAAAGCUUGCCAUAAAGAACUUCCACAAACUUCCAACAUGUCGAGAAUAAGAGUUGCAGUAACAUCCACAUGUUCUGGUUUAGGUACUGAAAAAAUUAAUAAAGUUAUUAUUAUCUAUUCAA